AUUAACUCUCUCUCACUCUGGCUCUCAGUGCCUCUGUCCAGACUGCUGCUUCAGACCUCACCGCCCCUUUCCAUUCAAACCAACUUUAAGCCACACUUCUGAGUGUGUGAGCCAGCAUUUCAUCCACAGCUGUGCACCUUCAGGAGCCUCUUAAUUUGUUAAAGUUUCAGUUGGAGAAAAGUGACCAACAGUGACCAUGAUGAGGAUCCUACUACUGCUGCUGGUCACCCUGGCGGGGCCUUUCUGCACCUUUACCCAAGCGACUACUCUGAUGGUGCCAACAGCUAUUGGUAUAACUCCAGAAACAAAUGUUGUAUCAACUCAACCUGUGGUCUCAGCUAAAACAGAGGUGGCUGCUCCUCAAGAUUCGACCUCAACGGAUGCACCUGCUCGUGAGGCUACAGAAGCAGCUGCCUCGACAAAAGAGGUGCCAGUGGUUUCCACAACAGCACCAGUGACACAGUCAGAGACCCCAGUAGAAAAAACAACCUUAACAGAUACAACACAAUCAACAGAAGCUGGAACUGAAGAGACGGCCACCCCUGAAGCCACUACUGACAUUAAAAACCAAGGAGAAGGUAGUGUGAAUGAUGGAGAAACACAACCAAAUGUAGAGGUGGAGGAACAAGAUAUGGGCACAGGACAGUUGGUGGGGAUCGUAAUCGGCGCAUUGAUCGCAGUGAUUGUUUUCAUUGCUAUAAUCGUCAUGGUGGCCAGAAGAAUGGGCCAAUAUUCCCCAUGAAAAGAAAGGCACGACAGGAAGAGAAGAAGAAGAAAUUCUGGAAGUUCUGAACUAUUGUUCUGAUGUUAAAAACAAUGCAAGCAGCACUCUCAACACCCAUCCAGGACUAUACAGGGAGCAGGAGAGUGUCCCAUCCUCUUCCCCAUUCAAAAAGAUGCCCUCCCACAAAAACACCUCCUUAAUGCCCACAAGUCCCCUUAUUUAGCCUGAAAAGCCUCAUUUAUCUCCCAACAGUGGGAAGCCACAGGAAGUUACAUGAUCUUUUUUUAAUGCAAAUUAAUAGGAGAUGAAUGAAUGUGGUCUCAAACAAACAGUUGCCCAUGCAAGGAAAAGCUUGUAUGUUUUUUUAUUCCACUGAGUGUAAAUAUCAUACAAAAAAAUGAAUGUGCACAAUUGCUUUCCCCCUCUACAGAUGUGUCCGAUAGGACUAUGACGCAUUAUGUACAGUCUAUGAACUGUCAUAAGCAGAUGCUGAGGACACUUUCUGUUCUCAAGAUGUGUUAGCGGCAUUAACUAAUACAUUUAUUUCUAUUAUUAGUUAAGACACAAGAAGUGCUUGAGAUUUACUUUUUUGAAGUGCUUUAAUAUGGAGUCACUUGACUGUGUUGUUCUUAACUGUCACCCAUUCCAAAAGUGACAUCACUUCCUCUGGAACGCAUCUUUUAUUGUGUGUUCCAAUCAGCUUAGCUCCAGCGCACAGCUGCUAUUGGCAUGUAUCUCAAAAUUCUGAUGUUCCUCAGCCUGGACGACGUCAUUUUAACAGCAUACUGACAUUUUGCAUGGUAUAGUUUGCAUUUUUUUUUUGUCGGUGUUGGGGUUUGUGUUUCUUACUGACAUUGGAAAGUGUUGCAAUAUGGGGCUUUGCUUUAGGAGAUCAGUAUUAGGUGCACUGAAUGAAGAAUAAAUGUUUAAUGUUUAGAAGACUCUGCAACUGUUUGCAACGAUAUUUUGUGUUUUUUUUCCUUCCCAGAUUCCUCUUUAUAUCCCGUUACUCCAUGAUCUCAUUUUCACAUUUGAUGCCAGAAUCCAGUUAAAGCCAAGUGUUUGUUUUUGUAUUUUGGGCUUGGUGUUUUUUUUUUUGUUGUUCUUAUUGUCAGUCGGUUUCAAUAAAAAAAGUUCCAAACUA